AUGAAGUUCUUAACAGUCGCUACCUUGUUAGCUGUCGCAGCAGCUCAAACUACUGUUUAUGACAUUGAUACCGUUACCAAUGAAUCAACAACUGAGGUCACGAUCACAUCAUGCUCAGAUAAUGUUUGUCAAACAACAGUUGAAGCUACUAGUCAAACAGUUGUCACUACUACUGUUGAUGGUGUGUUGACCGUUUACACAACCGUUUGUCCAGAAUCAGCAGUCGAAAAGGCACCAGUAUCUGAAGAAGCGGAGGCAGCCACAGCUUCUGAGUCUAAUGAGUACGUUGAUGUGACCACGACACCAACUGUCACUGUCUCAACCGGUGUCGAAGCUACUGAAACUUCACAACUCACAUUCACUUCUGUCUUUAAUAGUGCUUCAUCCAACAGCACUGCUGCCGCUGUUUCAACCUACGAAGGUGUCGCAGGUCAACAAAAAAUUGCAGCUGGCGCAGCUGGACUUGCUGCUUUGGCUGUCGCUCUCUUGUAA